AAAAGGAAUUAUGACCAGCGACUCCUCAAGUGCCUUUUGAUCUUGAAAAUAUCAAUUAAAUUACACCCCCAUCAUCCAGAACCUCUGGAAAAUGGCGACGUCUUACGUCAAGGAUGACGAAGGAGGAACAUUUAUACCAGCUAGCCAACGUCCUGAUGGCUCCUGGAGGAAACCGAGAAGAGUGAAGGAUGGAUACGUUCCUCAGGAAGAGGUCCCUCUGUAUGAGAGCCUGGGUAAACAAUUUUCGAAGAAUAAAAUAAAUUAUCCUGUGGGGAUGUCCCCAGAGUACGUGGCAGCCCACAAGGCAAAAGUCGAGGCACAACAGCAGGGAAAAUCCCUGAUUCCUGGAAUGGUUGUUGUUAACGAGCCAAAGAAGAAGAAAAAGAAGAGCAAGAGCAAAAAUACGAAUGCACUGGCUGAGGAAUUAGGUAAAGCAUCUUUGACUGACGAGUCCAGUACAGCUGAGCCCAGUAAAACCAGUAAACAAAAUCCAAAAUCUGGAAAAUCUCCAGCCACACCACCAGCAAGGCAAGACGGUGCCUCAUUACUCAGUGAUAGUAUGAAGAGGCUGAAAAAUUUGAGGAAAAAAUUGCGGGAAAUUGAGAGUCUCGAGGGGAAAAUUAAAAGUGGAGAAAUUAAAAAUCCGGAGAAAGAGAUGGUGGAUAAAGUUGCGAGGAAAAAAGAAGUCUUGGAUGAGAUUAAAUUAUUGGAGUCGAACCAAUAAAUCGGAUGAUUGUAAUUUUUCUUUGUACAUUGAGCUCUUUGAAUUAAUUUCAAUUAAUUGACAAGAGAUAGAAAUUUAAGUCAGGCGAGGAGGAAUUUAACCGCAUUUUUAGGACUUCAGGGAGUUUUUAGUUUUUCAAAUGAACUGUGACAAAUGCUAGUUAAUGUCAGACGUCAGAUCUUGAAGGGCCGUCCAAAUGCAAUUUCAUUAUUCUCAAUCAAUAAUUGAUUGAUGAUAAUUCAUGUACAAAUCGAUGCUCAACGCCUCCAAUUUUUCAAACAGUUCUCCGAAAUUAAAAGAGCGACCGCUAGUGCAUAAACGGAUUUCUGACGUUGAGGAUUUACAGAAGAUUUAUUUUAUUGGAGAAGUUAUAGGGAGAGGAAAUUUUGGAACUGUAGUUAAGGCGAAGCAUAGAACAACUAAAAUUUACUGGGCCAUUAAGCUGAUUAAUAAACGACAAGUAAGAAUCAUGUGUUAAUCCUCAAAUUGAAAAUGAUGAAUGAAUGAAUUUACUCAAUUCUAUUAUUUUACUGGUUCAUUGGGAUUUUAAAUUCAAGUGCAAUUGUAAAAAAUAGAUAUUUUUGUAGGCAGGAGCUUCUAGAGUACUCCUGGUUGAGCGAGAAAUUCACAUUCUAAAAUUAGUCAACCAUCCCAAUAUAAUUCUACUAGAUUGUGUCUUCGAAUCUCCGAAAGUAUGAAAUAGUGACAAAUGUACAAUAAGUCUGAAAAUUUGAUACAGAUUAAAGUGCAAAUGUCUGAACCUUUUCUCCAAAA